CGAAACCACCUGGCCACCCACCUUGACUGUGAACUGACUCAGAAGCAGUACUCCUGCAGCCACUGCAAGAUGAAGUUCAAACACCGACAGAACCUACUCAGACAUGAAGUUGUUCACACUGGAGCCAAGCCUUUUGUGUGCAAGCAGUGCAACAAGACCUUUCCGACGGCAACCAAUCAGAAGCGACACGAGCGCAUACACAAAGGUCAAAAGUUGACCUACGCCUACGCUUGCACAGUGUGUCGCAAAUGUUUCCAGAACUACUCGAACAUGUGCAGGCACAGGCGUUUGGCUCAUUGGCGGGAGAAAAAGUUUCUCUGCCUGGUCUGCUACAGGGACUUUCACGACAAAGAUUCCCUGCUGGAGCACCAGGACACC